AUGUCUCACGACAUCCCAGAGAAGCAAUGGGCUCAGGUCAUUGAGAAGACCGGAGGCCCUGUCGACUACAAGCAGAUUCCAGUUCAGAAGCCCGGCCCCGAUGAAGUCCUAGUCAACAUCAAAUACUCUGGUGUUUGCCAUACCGAUCUGCAUGCCGUCAACGGCGACUGGCCAUUACCAACAAAGCUCCCUCUCGUUGGAGGUCACGAAGGUGCUGGUGUCAUUGUAGCAAAGGGUGAAUUGGUUCAGGACGUUGAAGUCGGUGACCACGCUGGUGUCAAGUGGCUGAACGGCUCCUGCUUGGCCUGUGACUUCUGCCAGACCGGAGACGAACCUCUUUGCGCGAAAGCUCUUCUCUCCGGAUACACAGUCGACGGAACCUUCCAACAGUACGCCAUUGCCAAAGCUGCACACGUGGCACGUAUACCAAAAGAUGUUCCCCUGGAUGCCAUCGCUCCUAUUCUUUGUGCGGGUAUCACUGUCUACAAGGGAUUGAAGGAGUCAAACGCUCGGCCCGGGCAGACGGUCGCCAUUGUUGGUGCCGGAGGAGGUCUUGGCUCUCUCGCCUGCCAGUAUGCCAAGGCUAUGGGUCUCCAGGUGAUCGGUAUCGACACUGGUGACGAGAAGGAGGCGAUGGUCAAGAAGCUCGGCGCCCACUCCUUCGUUGACUUUGCCAAAUCUUCAAACGUCGUCAAAGAUGUGCAAGCUGCUACCGAGGACGGGCUUGGGCCCCACGCAGUCAUCUUGGUGGCUGUCAACGAGAAGCCAUUCCAGCAAGCCACGGAAUACCUCCGACCUCGCGGGACAGUCAUUGCUAUCGGUCUACCAGCUGGUGCAUACCUCCGUGCACCUGUCUUUGAGACUGUCAUUGGUGUGAAGACGAUCAAGGGAUCUUACGUUGGAAACCGCAAGGACACCAGCGAGGCCAUUGACUUCUUCCGCCGUGGCCUCAUCAAUGCACCAUUUAAGGUUAUUGGCAUGAGCGAGCUUCAGAAGGUUUACGACAUGAUGCAUGAGGGCAAGAUUGCUGGUCGCUACGUGGUGGAUACCAGCAAGUAA